UCGAAGGACUUUGACAAGUCGCCCCUUCCUUCCCCCUCCAUGUACCGCGGAGCCAAGCCGCCGCCAUGGGCGCCCAACGGCGCGGGCGCGGCGGCGGUGGGAGACACGACCAACGGGACCGGCUCGCCGCAUACGCCUCGCGAGCUGACUCGCGAGCUGAGCGUCUCUUGCGACGCGAGCGAGGUGAGCGAGACGCCGAUCGAGCGGCCGAGGUCGCCCUCGUUUGCUGCGGCGGCCGCGGCCGCCGCUCGCGUGACGGGUGCCGUGGUAGGGUCGGGCACGAUAGCGAUCCGUCACAAGGCGCGGCGCUCUGAGCAGCGGCCGCAAAAGCGCAACCCGGAGGCCGCCAAGCCUCCCGCCGCCGCGCCGGCCUCUGCGCCGCCGGACACGCUGCCGCUGCCGGAUGCCUGGCCUCCGCUCGUGCUCUUGGGCGUCUGCGGCUCGCUGCGCGCCGCCUCCACCAACGCUGGCUUGCUGCGUGUUGCGGCGGUGGCGGCGCGGCAGCGCGGCGUGGAGCUGCGUCUCGCCACCAUCGGCGACCUGCCGCUCUACUCGCAGGACCUCGACGAGGCGGGCGGAUCGACACGAGGAGCCGUCAGCAGCUGGCGCGCCGCCGUCAGCUCGGCCGACGCGGUGCUCUUUGCCAGCCCAGAGCACAACUACUCGAUCUCUGCGGCGCUGAAGAAUGCCAUCGAUUGGGCCUCCCGCGUGCCGACGCAAGGCAACCUCUGGGCGGGCAAGGCGGGCGCCAUCCUCUCGUCGGGCGGCGGCGGCGGCGGCGUGCGGGGGCAGCAGGCGCUGCGUCAGAUCGGGUCGUUCAUCGACGUCACCUUUGUCAACGCGCCCGAGGUUGCGAUCCGCCGCUUCGAGGAGCCAUGCUUCGAUGCCGCCACGGGCGAUCUGCUGCCCGACUCGCGCUGGGUCGGACGCGUCGGCGAACUCGUCGAGCGGCUCGUCACGCUCGCCCUCGCUCUCCGCGCCAGUCGCCCCGCGCCACCCCGGCAGGACAAGGCGGUGUAAUUUCCCAGGCCCCCGGGAUCUGAGCAUCGUGUGUGUGGAGCAGUUAAUGUCAGUGUCAGGUCCGUGAGGUCGUCGCGGGACGUGUCGCGCUUCUUCCGAAUCCCUUUCAUUGUAUAUCUCAAGUCCCUAUUC